GAAAGAGAGAGGGAAAGAAAUAUAGACAGUAAGAGGUGGAGGGAGAGUGGGGUAGAGAAAAAGAGAGAGAGAGAGCGCGGAUCAGAGGCUGGAGAGCAGUGCGUCUAACACAGAGGUAACACCGAAGGAGAGGGACUCUACCCGGGGGCACGAGGACAGUAAACCCGCCUGAACUCACUCUACGCACUAAUUAAUACCUGUAAAUACUUUAUGUAUCGACUGAUUAUACAGUACUGGGAUGCGCCACUCGUGCGUAAAAAAGCCUGGCACCGGCUCCAGAGCGCACACGAAGCACCGGGAGGAAACCAAACUUAACCAUCGUUAAAUCUUAUUGUUGGACACUGUCAACCUUUUUCAAUAACUCUCCGGCACCGGGGGAGAACUGAGUCAGAGAGAGGAGGAGGGGAAGGAAAACCAAAACGCAGUCGGCAGAUCUGAUGUGUUUUUUUACUCCGACCUCCGACAAGGAAAAAGUCAAGGAAAGAACCCGAGUGGAGAUUAAAACAAAGUGUCAAAUGUUUUGAAUUGGAAAUGAAUAUCCCCCCACCCUCGACAACCAAACAGAUUCCACAUUUAACCGCGGACACACUCUGUAACUGCAGUGAGUUGGAGGAGGUGAGAGUGCACGCAAAGAUUUGACAUAUCUAUUUUUUUAACGUCCCAGAAACAACAAAAAAUCUAUGAAACUACUGAAUAAAUUAGUGGACCUGCUGCGACGUUCUCAUUGACUUGGUGUUAGUCCCUGGACCUCAGUUUGGGAAAAGAGGAAAGACUGCUAUCUUCUCUCUACUCCGCAGUGACGUAAUGGAGGGUUAACACACCUUAACUUGACAUUUUUGUUUGCUGAACUGUGCAUAAUUACCGUUUUAGGGUGACAUCCGGUACACUAAUGUUUCUCUAAAAAACAAAUUUAUGAUUUAAAAGAGAACAAAAAGGUACAAGGCACUCUUUUUUUAAAAGCCUUUUUUUAGACGGGUAUUUUAUAUCCAAAUCUUAGAUUAAAAGUAGAGCUGGGCACCAAACCACCCUCAUCAGCACAAAGCAGCCUUCUUCACUUUUUUCCUCCUAAUUUAUAAUUUAUUUGAAAUCAGAUCAGUGAGUAUUUUUUUUUUUAAGUCCCAAAAUGCUAAGAGGCUCUUAGUGCAUCUUCAAAACAUGGAGAACGUGACCAUCCCUGGUGGUGCCCCACCGCCAGUCUGCAACGACUCGGUGGACUUCUACUCCCUCGCAUCAGGCAACCACACUGACCCCAACUGCACUCCUCCGUCUGAGUUUUACUUCUACGCUGACCUUUACAUUAUUUUACCGGUCAUCUACUCCGUAAUCUGCGCAGUGGGGCUGACAGGCAACACGGCUGUCAUCUACGUGAUCCUCAAAGCCCCCAAGAUGAAAACGGUCACCAACAUGUUCAUCCUGAACUUGGCCAUUGCCGAUGACUUGUUCACUCUGGUGUUGCCGAUCAACAUAGCCGAACACCUGCUGCACUACUGGCCUUUUGGCGAGGUUUUGUGCAAAGUCAUCCUGAGCAUUGACCACUACAACAUCUUCUCAAGCAUCUAUUUCCUGACAGUUAUGAGCAUUGACCGCUACCUAGUGGUUUUGGCCACAGUGAGGUCCAAGCGCAUGCCGUACCGCACAUACCGAGCAGCCAAAAUCAUCUCGCUCUGCGUCUGGAUCCUGGUCAUCCUCAUCGUCCUGCCUUUCAGCGUUUUCGCCGGCGUCUACAUGAACCCAACCGACGGCAGGAAGAGCUGUGUGCUCAGCUUUCCCAGCCCCGAGAGUUUGUGGUUCAAAGCGAGCCGAAUCUACACGCUGAUCCUGGGCUUCGCCAUCCCCGUCUCGACCAUCUGCAUCCUGUACACCAUGAUGCUCUACAAGCUGAGGAACAUGCGGCUCAACAGCAACGCCAAGGUGCUGGAUAAGGCCAAGAAGAAAGUCACCAUCAUGGUGUUCAUCGUCUUGGCCGUGUGCCUGUUCUGCUGGACGCCGUUCCACCUCAGCACCAUCGUGGCGCUGACCACGGACCUGCGGACCACGCCGCUCCUGAUCGGCAUCUCAUACUUCAUAACCAGCCUGAGCUACGCCAACUCCUGCCUCAACCCGUUCCUCUACGCCUUCCUGGAUGACAGCUUCCGGAAGGCCUUCAAGAAAAUGCUGGAAUGUAGACCGGCCUGAAUGUACGACUCGGGAAAAAUCCUGUCGCAGAAGUCGCAGACCCUUGCUGAGUGAGGAUAUGGACCGUGAUAUAUUUUUUAUUUGAUUUGGUUCACUUUGUUAAAGCUGCACUAGGCAACCUUGCACAUUGUUUGCACUUGAUAGCAAAUCUUUAAUUUAUCUUAGAUACAUAGCAAACGUCUAAGAUUCUGCCUGUAAACGGCGCACAGCAUCCCUAAUGUGACAAAAAAAACAAUCUAUAAAGGCUUUGUGUUAUGGCUUGAGUGAUUGUGCUUUUUCAAGGCCAAUUCCUAUUAUUAGUAGUUCAUGAAACUGAUUUUUGGAACUGAUAUGCAUAUACAAUGAAAAUGAAAAUCUAAGUCAAAAUUAAGAUUGUGGAAUGUAACAUACUCUAACUUUGUUUAAAAGCUUUAAUCAAUUAUUUAUUAUAUUAGACACUUUCAACACAAUACCCAGAAAAAGAGAGUCCGAUGGUGUUGUGGGGGGGCAUUAAGUCAGACUCAGUGGUGAGUGAGACCGAAGCAGAUGGACUGACAGAGUUGGAGCCGAGGCCAAGUAGACUACUUUUUAAUUCAUUAACUUUAUCAGUUAGCAGGCAAAUGGAAUGCAAAUACAGAUCUACAAAUUUCCACAAAACGGCUCGGUAAUCGCUCCAUCCCUACUUUCUGCCUACUGUAAAGAAAGUGAGGAAAGGAAAACAUCAGAACGUUUUGUGAGUCAAGGGCCAAGUUCAAUCUCAAAAUGGUGUUUGUUCUGUUGUUAAUGUUCCCUAGCUAAACAACAUGCUUACCCAGAAUACUGUGAAACAGUGCACAGUGGACUUUGAGAUGUGUUUUCUAGUGCAGCCUUUUAUGGCUCUGAGGGCACAGUGAGAGAAAGAGAGAAUAUUAGAAGUUGAUUAGAAAUGGGCAAUAUUACUUGCAAUAGGGAUUUACAAUGGUUGGCAUACAGGACAAUGCCGGCGUUGGAAAAACAACAGCAUGAAAUACUUUAACUGUUAGUAGAAUUGCCCAUUGUCAUUGUCUGCAGAACUGGCCAUAAAAAAAGAUUGUUUGCCAGUUUGAGACUGCAAUUAAAAUGUCAGACCUUUUCCACGACAGUAAGGGAAAAAAAUCCAAUUAUGGUUUUGAGGCAGCAAGCCAAGAUGGGUCACUGCAAGCGAGGGACGCGAAAAUCCAGUUCAUUGAUUUGCAUGCUCUCAAUCAAAUCAAAGGGAUGAGAAUAGUCCGGGAGGGAGGGUAACAGGACGCACGUCAGGGGGGGACAGCUGUCUAUCCAGGACAAAAACUGGACCAGUUUUCUUUUUUUUCUUUUUUUUAUCAGAAUUUGUGGGUUGACUUGAAAUAUUGUGUAUUUCAUGUAUGCAAACAUCUAAUCUGAAUUCACCCUUUGUGCUGUCCCGUUUUCAAAGUUUUUGACAUCGGGAAUAAAGGUUUCUUUCAACCAACAUUGCCCAAAAAUAACAUGGAUGUCCGUUGUAUGGAACCAAUACAACAUUCUUUGCAGGGAAAAUAAAUGAUUACUUUCAUUGCAUUUUGGCUCAUUUAUUUAAUAAUAAUGAAGUCAUAAUUGUUUUAACUUACAUUAGGUAUAAUGUCAAAUGAAUUAGGUUUAUUUGUCAUGUAUAAAGAAAACGUUGAAAUAAGUAAUUUAUUUUUUAAACCAUCAAAAGAAUCGAAAAAAGUGCCAUAAACAGGGACAACCCCAUGAAGACAACAACACAAGGGUUGAGUGAUGCUGUGUUUUGAGCAAAGUCAUCGAAAAUGAUAGAUUUAUUGGAUUGGUUCAGGUUCUGGAGUUCUGUUUGAUGAGUGAACCGGCAGGUUCCAGAGAUCCACUCGCAUCUCCUAAAAGGUCGAAGCAUGGACUCUUUAAAUGACGCCACUGUAGCGAUAAGGAAGGUCUGGUACACAGUCCCUACCCCUGGAAUUUAUAUGAAGGCUUUAUUUGCAAAGUGAAAUAUAUCCCUUUCAUUAUUUUCCUAUAUUAUGUAUUUUUGUGGUGUAUGAAUUCAAACUGGUGUUGUGUUGUUUUUGAUAAAAUAUCUCAAAUUUGUUAUUUUGAGUGUACUCAAGGGAAUGUCAAUCCCAUUGUUGUUGAUUGAACUAUUUUAGGAAUGGCUUUUAUAUUGUUUGUGUGCAAAUUGUCUCUUCAUCAUUAAAGAAAU